UUGAAUCACAGCCCACUUCCCUUCCUACGUGAAAAGACUGCUGCAGCUGACACGCUAACUAUCCUUCAGAAUGUCGGCUACCAGCCAGUCGCCACACAGGUCAGCGCCUCAGAACUGCAGGAUGUGUUUCAGGAGACCUCCUCCAAUAUCUUCCAGAUAAACUCCAACGUUGUCACUCUAGAGAAAAACCUUCAGUCACUGGGUACGUCUAAAGACACAGCAGAGCUACGACAGAGUCUACACUCCACCCAGCAGCAAACCAACAAAGUUAUCACCACCACCAGCCAACUCAUCAAACAGCUCUCUGAUAUAAUCAGCGGCUCUUCACGGCAAGACCGUCUGCGGCUGACUCGACUAAAGACUGAACUCUCAGAGUCUGUGCAGCGCUAUGGGGACCUGCAAAAGAAAAUUGCCGAACGCUCAAGAGCUUUGCUCCCCCCAGCUCAGAAAGACAAGAAGAGUCCUCAGACUCCAUCCAAUGAGCACAAGCUGGAGGGUCCGCUGUUUGAGGAAACGGCUGGUCUAGAUGGAGGAGCUCAAGCUUUCCUGUCUGAGAUUAGUGAAGAGGAUGUGGAGGUCCUUCGUCAGAGAGAGGAGGCACUGCUCCAGAUUGAAAGAGACAUGUUGGACGUCAGUCAAAUCAUGAAGGAUCUGGCCAGCAUGGUUCACGAGCAAGGAGACACGAUAGAUAGUAUUGAAGAUUACAUCCAGACCACAUCUUCUAAUGUGGAAACAGCCAACCAGGAACUUGCAAAGGCCAACCAGUAUCAGAGGCACUAUUUCAGCAAGAAAAUGAGGCGGGCCACUGUGGUGACCACCAUCGUUACAGCCCCCCUGCUCUGA